UUGGAACUGCAUGGCAAUACAGUCGGCUCUCCCGCCAAGUUCACGGUUGAUACCUUCAGCGCUGGCCGGGGCUCUGUGGAAGUGAUCGUGCUCAACCCCAAAGGACAGCGUGAACCGGUAUGUUGCUCCGGUGCCCUCAAGCAAAUAUCCACUCAUGCGUUGUAA